GGGGGAUCGCCUGCUGCUGCCUCAGUCCGAUACUCCGACUCCAUAUCACCAGGGGUCCUGUCCGUCCACGCCCCAGUGCCGCAGUCCAAAUUCCAUAGCACUAGGAGCCCCCUUUGCGUCAUCGGUCGAUCCAGGCCUCGUCGUCGCUGGCGGCGGCGGCAGCAGCCGCGAUGGUCUGGUCGUUGGAGAAGGCAGGGGCGGGGGCGGCAUGCCCGGAGUGCCUGGAGCGUCGGAUCCUGUCAGACCUCUCCGGCUCCUGCUUAUCCUUCGUGCACGGUCUCUCCGAGUCCCCGCUUCCCUUCGCCUCCUCCGCCGUCGUUCAGAUAGCGUCUGAUGCGGCCGAGGAAUGUAACGGGAGCCAACAGACCUCUGGUUAUUUUGUAUUGGUGGGACUACAUGGUUACAAGGCAUUUUUGGAUAUUCAAGAAUGUGAGAGUAAUUCCUUAGAGAAUGGAGGUCAGAUAGAUCUGCAGAGAAAGCACAGGAUACAUGCUGACGAUAACCAAUAUAUUGUGCAGGAAGACCCCCCUUCUUGUAAAGAAUGCAUUGAAGAUCAUGAAAAUUCCUCCAUUCCCCACAAACAUCAAUCAAUUAUAAACACAAUUACUAAGUUAACUCCUACUCACUAUCUUUCCAGGGCCUCAACUUCUGAAAUUAGAGAGCUUAUCUCAAGUUAUCUGAAAUUUUCAACAGAAGAGAAUGUGAUGAAUUCAUUAAAUCUGUUGUCUGAAAACAAGAUUGAUGGUUCAGGAGUUUUAGAUUUUCUCAAUUUUAUUGGAUUUUCAGCAUCCAAUGAUAUACAUCCUUCUGGUCGUGUCAGGCAUCCCAACAUCUUACCUGUUUUAGGUGUUGUAGAAGCACAUGAUUGCUGCUACAUGUUGCAUCCCAAGUCUCCAUAUACCUUGGAAAACAUAAUGCAUUACAGUCCAGAGGCAUUGUACUCAGACUGGAAUAUUAGAUUUCUCAUUUACCAGAUAAUCUCUGCUUUGGUGUAUCUUCAUGAUUUUGGUGUUCAUCAUGGUAAUCUGAAACCCGCAACCAUAUUUAUGUCAGAUUCUUUAUGGCCCUACCUGAGCAUAAGUGAUAUAUGUCCUGUAAAACAGAAUUGUGGUUUUGCUGAGUCUCUGUGUCCAUCUUUUAAUGCGUGUUGUUUUGAGGAGGAUUGUUCUUCAAGAGCCAUUUAUACUGGUUUCAAUCUGACAUCAUCCUUAGAUUGGCAGUCUCACUUCAAGCGAUGGUGGAAGGGUGAAUUGAGCAACUACGAAUAUAUUCUUGUCUUAAACAAGUUAGCUGGUAGAAGGUGGGGUGAUCCAACUUUUCACACUGUAAUGCCAUGGGUAAUAGAUUUCACAGAGAGGCCUGAUGAAAAUUCUGAUGUUGGUUGGAGGGACCUCACCAAAAGUAAAUGGCGGUUGGCAAAAGGCGAUGAACAACUUGAUUUUACCUAUUCAUCGUCUGAGGUUCCACAUCAUGUGUCUGAUGAGUGUCUCUCAGAGCUAGCAGUUUGCAGUUAUAAAGCAAGGAGGCUACCAAAGAACAUCUUGAGGUCUGCUGUGCGCUCUGUCUAUGAGCCCAACGAAUACCCAUCUAACAUGCAAAGGCUAUACCAAUGGACUCCUGAUGAGUGCAUUCCAGAAUUCUAUAGCGAUCCUCGGAUAUUUGUCUCUCUUCAUUCUGAAAUGAGCAAUUUGGCUUUGCCUUCCUGGGUGACUUCUGCAGAGGAAUUUAUUUGUCUGCACAGGAAUGCUUUAGAGAGUGACCGAGUCUCGCGACAACUGCAUCAUUGGAUUGACAUAACCUUUGGCUAUAAACUUUCUGGGGAGGCAUCUGUUGAAGCCAAGAAUGUAAUGCUGCCUCAUAGUGAUCCAGCAAAGCCUAAAUCAACAGGGCGACGCCAACUUUUCACAAAACCACAUCCUAAGAGACUUGUUAGCACACCUCACUGUACCUAUCAUAAUAGAAUGGAAUCUUGUGCUAGAUGCCAAGGGGAAUCAAGUAGCAUGACCUCUGGUCUACUAUUAAAUGGCCACAACCCUUCUACUAUGUCAUCACAAAUUGGCUAUCUGGAAGAGUUUGAGCAAGCAAACUUGUUUGUGGAGCUUGAACAUCAUUUGUGUCCAAUAUAUAAUUAUUCUGACAAUUCUUCUUCAUGUUGCUCAUCAGUCAAAUAUUCUAAGAUCCCUUGUUCAAAUCAGGAGGGUGUGCUACCAGUGGCACCAGAUUUUGAUUUUUGUUCCUUUCUUGAAUGCUUUGAAUCUGAUGAUAGCUCUCCAAUGGGUUAUCAAGAGCUGUUUCGUUGGAAGCAAAAGUCUUGUUCAGUUAUUGAGCAUCAUGCAAAUGACAUAUUUUCUAUUGGAUGUAUUUUGGCAGAAAUGUAUAUGCACAAGCCACUUUUUGAUUCUGAAUUGCUAUCUGCAUACAAAGAAACUGGCAUACUGCCAGGAGCAAUUCAAGAUUUGCCUACCCACGUCGCUGUUCUGGUUGAGUCAUGCAUACAGAGGGAAUGGAAAAGGAGGCCACUGGCAAAGCACCUAUUGGAAUCUCAAUACUUUCCUCCAUCAAUUCGAUCUGCAUACAUGUUUCUUGCUCCACUUCAACUUAUAUGUAAAUCUAGAGAUCGCCUUAAGUAUGUCGCUAAGCUUGCAAGUGAAGGAACACUCAAAGCUAUGGGAGAAUUUGCUGCCGAAAUGUGUGCACCGUACUGCCUACCCCUUGUUUCACCAUCUUUGUCAGAUGUUGACACCGAAUUUGCCUUGGCUCUGCUUAAAGAAUUUGUGAAGUGCUUGAGUGUCCAAGCUACUAAGGAUCUUAUACUCCACAUCAUUCAGAAGAUCUUACAGGCACCAGAAUAUUCACACCUGAAGGUCUCCUUGCUUCAAGAUUCAUUUGUGCGGGAGUUGUGCAAAAAAAUGGGAAAACAAACUUACAUUGAAAAAGUGCAUCCUUUGGUAAUCAUGAACUUGUACAAUUCACCUAACAAGAUUACUGCCUCUGCUGCAUCUGUUGUUUUAAUUGGUUCAAGCGAGGAACUAGGAAUACCAAUAACUGUUAAUCAGACAGUUUUACCUCUAAUCCAGUGUUUUGGCAAAGGUUUAUGUCCAGAUGGAAUUGAUACAUUGGUCAGGAUAGGUGGACUUCUUGGAGAAAGUUUUACUGUCAAGCAAAUUCUUCCCUUGCUCAGGAAUGUUAUGCUCUCAUGCAUUGAUUCCUCAAAGAUCAGUAAGCCUGAGCCACAACAUAGUUGGAACUCUUUUGCCCUAAUGGAUGGUUUAUCUGCAUUGGAAGGCCUUGUAUCAGUUCUUCCUGUCAAAACAAUACUCAGAGAGCUUCUUCAGGACCAAGUCUGUCUUCAUAUAAAGGUUCUUAUGCAGGUUCAUUUGAAUCUUCGUGUGAUUCAGGUGGCUGCUAGUGCACUUGUUGAUCUAUGUCAACGAAUUGGACCAGCGAAUACGGCUAUAUAUGUGCUUCCACAUCUAAAAGAGCUUUUUGCUGAAUUAGCCUUCUCUCAUGAGUCUUCUGGUCUUAGCGCCCCCGCAAAAGGGUUAAAGUUGUUUGAUGGGAACAAAACAGAGCCAACUAAAAUGGAAUCUAGGAUUGAUCUCAUGUUUCUCCUUUACCCUUUCUUGGCAGCACUUGUUGGAAUAGAGAAGCUCCGUGAAUGUUGCUCUACAUGGUUUCUAUUAGAGCAAGCCCUUCAAAGAUUGUAUGGCUGGAAGUGGGAGCCGUCCACUGACCAUUCUGACAUGAAAGGUCAAAGGUUUCAGCCUGGGAACUAUGCCUCACAUGAGCCUGUUCCUACAAAACUUUUUGCAGAGGUUGCUAAAAAUGGUUGGAAUAUCGGAACCUCCAACCAAGGAUCUAGGCUUGAGCAUGGGUCAUCUAGUGACAAUUUGUCUGUCUCAACUUCUGCAAAUCAACCAUGGUUUUGGUUCCCAAGUCCAGAUAGUAAUUGCUGGGCACCCGAUUUUCUUGGACGUAGUGCUGGCAUGAAGGAUGAACUUCCAUGGAAGAUCAAAGCUUCAGUCCUUUACUCAGCCCGUGCCCAUCCUGGGGCUUUACGGUCAUUAGCUGUCCAUGAUGAUCAGUGCACAAUUUUUACUGGCGGAGUUGGUCCUGGUUUUAAGGGAAGUAUCCAGAAGUGGGAGUUGCCAAACAUGAACUGCAGUUCUGGAUAUUAUGGGCAUGAAGAGGUUGUCAAUUCUGUCUGCAUUUUGUCAAUUACCGGAAAAGUAGCAUCUUGUGAUGGCACAAUUCAUAUAUGGAACGCACAGACAGGAAAACUCAUCGCAGUUCAUACCGAGUCAUCUAUUGGCUUUCCUCAGCAAACUGCAACUAUUGAGCAGGCAAACAUGCUUAAUCAGGAUGCACUCUCAGGUGGAAUAUUGUCAAAUGCAUUUCGUGGUAGUUUAUAUACGACUAUCCAUUACAUGGAAUCUAAAGAUAAACUUGUUGCUGGUAUGGGAAAUGGUUCAAUCAGAUUUAUUGAUGUUUAUCGAGAUCAGAAGCUGCAUUUAUGGAAGAGUGACUCAGAUGAAAUUUCUUUCUCAUCGCUUGUAUCAGCUAUUUGUUCAUGUGCUUCAGACAAGCUGAAGAAAGGCAGUCCUGCAGCUUCAUCAUCCUGGAUAGCGGCAGGUUUAAGCUCUGGUCAUUGUCGAUUGCUUGAUGAACGUAGUGGAAAUAUCGUUGCAGUUUGGCGAGCACAUGAUGGUCACAUUACAAAGCUAGCAGCACCAGAGGAUCACUUGAUUGUGUCAAGCUCCCUUGACAAGACUCUUCGAGUUUGGGACCUAAGAGGGAAUCUAUCAGCCCAGUCAAACAUUUUCAGAAGUCAUUCAGAUGGUAUCAUUAACUUUUGUAUGUGGGGUCAGGAUGUGGUAUCAGUUUCAAGAAACAAAAUUGCACUUACUUCCCUUUCGAUGCCAACAAGUGAGAUCGGACACCAGCAGCUCCUACCUCAGAACCUUUAUUCGUGUGACCGAGGAGUGAAAUAUAAAAACCUGUCUGUUCUUUCGACUAUUGCUGUGCUUCCUAUGUCAAGAUUGUUUGUUGUUGGAACAGAAGAUGGUUUUCUCAAAGUCUGCCACUAGUCGCUUCUAAUAGUGGUACUCGUCUCUCCCUCGUAUUGUGUUACGAUUUUUUUAUUGGUGCUUCUCUCCCUUGUAUUGAGUUAACCUUCUUUUUGGUGGUACCAUUGCUCAUAUACCCCACCCCAAUUUCAUGUGUCAUCGUAGAUUACUGGCAAAGCAAUCAACGUUAUGUAAAUUUCAUGUGAGUAAAAGCUUCAAUUUCCUUCAGUUAUUUUUAUCUAGUGGGAAGAGAUCAUACAGGUUCCUAUUGGAAUUGUCGUGUAUAUAUUUCAUCGAAAGUUUGCAGCUGUGGAUGGAUUUGACCAGCUAUCUUACAACUUAGAAAUGAAGUAUUUUUUUAAUCAAAAGAGUGCUUGAGUGCAGCAGUUAUGUUCAACCCCAUCCUUCGCCUCUGCUUAUGUUUAUUUAUAAGCCAAAAUCUAAAUUUUUAACUUUAAAUUUGAAGUUGAUUUU